CGCCCGAUGACCAUAACAGGAGUCGGUGGAGAAGCUGUCGGGGUGGAGCAGCUCUGCCAACACAGCCAAUAUGGAAAAAAUGGAGCCAGCGAUAGAAAUAUGAACUGUCACCGUUUCCUCCAGCUGACUCGGUGAACCGACGAAGCGCCGGGCCUUUAUGGCGGGUCUGUCCUACUUAGUGCUCCGGUUCUCGGGCUCCGCUGGGCGGACGUACGGGGUGUUCUCCAAAGGCUUGACGAGGACUUUGUUGAUAUUUUUUGAUCUCGCAUGGCGGCUGCGAAUCAGAUUCCCGUAUAUCUACCUGGUGGCCUCGAUGAUGUUUAACGUCAGAUUGCAGGUCCACAUUGAAAUCCACUGAGUCUUCGUCAGGACUCUAACCAUGAAUAGCGAGCGCUGCCUGGUUCCAGCCUCUGACAGUCACCGGCUGCCCCUGCACAGCGAUGUGGACGAAGAGGACGCUUAACUCUGCAGGAGAAGUGACGCGGCUGGUCGUUUCCGUCGUCACAGAGCCCAGUGCCUUCGCAGGUGAAGGCAGCAGUGAUGUCUGCAAAAACGCGACAGGGUGAGCAGCAGUUCUGAAGGUGGAGGUUAAAGGCGCCUUGCAGUUACUGAUCCGGGAGGAUUCCUCUCUCUGGACGACGGAGGAUUGUUAACGUGAAACUGUGCAGCUGCUCCGACAUGUUUGUCCGUCAGGCGCUCAGUGGGAACAUCUCAAAAACUGGAUCCAUUUCACUUUAAUUUAAAACGGAAAUAUCGUCACUGCAUGUCACAAACCAGCAUGUAUUCAUCUCCUUGGUGGCUUCAACACUUGGUGUUUGAGGCGGGUUUGUCUGUGUGAGCGGUACGUGGUCUCUUAGGUUUGUUGUAGAACACAACAGCUGCUGCUGCUGGACAUCUACCAACGGGAAUCACUGCAUGUCUUUGUUGAGGUCGUCACACUCUCCGUUGUGUUUCUGCAUAUCAGCGGCACUGGAAGACGGGAUAAUUCUGAAAAAUGUUACCUGCAAAACUUUUGUUUUUCUUUUUGUUUUUUUAGAUGCAUUUGUCUCGAGUUUUGAUUUCUGUGGAGUAUGUGGGGCUUUGAAGUGGAUGUGAGAAUGGUCGAAGUCUGGAGGAAAUAAAUCAAUGAAAUCACA